AUGGAUCGGCCCCCACAACAGGACCAACGCUAUCCUCAUGAUUAUUCCCGCGAGACUGCCGCAGAGAAACGGAAACGUGUAUUUGAAACAAUGAUCACUGGAUUUCGCGAAAUCAAUGUUGCUCGCAAAGAUAAGAAGCGCCAUCUUCCGCAAGUCAACCUCUCGCAAAUGACAAAGAUUCCUCCCAACCCUUUCGACAUCAAUUUCGAGUCGGAAUUGCCAUCACCAAGUUGCUUUGUCCCUUCAACGGAGACGUCCACUGAACACUCCGGAAGUACAGGAAGAACGUAUGUCACCACUUCUUCAUAUAAAAGUGAGUUCGACCGAAGCCGAAUUCAACAAGUCGAAAUUGAUCAAAAUCAGGAAUUCUUUGUUGGUCGAGCAGCGAAAACGCCCGAGCGGUAUGUGUAUAUAAGAAACGCAAUAGUCGACUUGUGGGAGAAGAUGAAACCAAAGUACAUUUCUAAAACAUUGGCAAGACAACAAAUCAAAGACUGCGGCGAUGUCAAUUGUGUUGGACGCGUCCACUCAUUUCUCGAACGGAUGCAAUGGAUUAAUAAUGGGAAAGUCGUUGGGAAGUAUAUUCGAACACAACACAAAUCGAAAAUGAACGACGCGGUGAUGGUGAAAGAUAACACUCAUGUGAUAUUAUGUGCAUCAGCUUUAUUAGUGUUAGACAUGCAUUGUAGACUCAUCGAAAACCCUGUCGGUCUUAUUGUCGGCAAACAAGUCACACCACUGUUGUUUGUGAUCGAAGACGUUGUCCCUAUUGGCGUCGGUAAAUGUGACUUACCCGAAGACACUCGUGUCGUCGGCGUCUAUUACGAUGAAACAAAUCACUUCCCUUAUUACCUCGAGGCGUCAUACCCUUAUUGGAUAUUACGUCUUGUGUGGAAAAGAAAGGAUCACACGUUCACUGUUAUUAGGAAAGACAAACAAGUCGAGGUCGGCAUAGUCGAAGUAGUCAAAAGAGAAGACAUCAAACGGUCUUAUCAAUCGUCUUCAGUAUUCACUUCAUUACUUAACGCGUAUUUAACACGAAAUUACAUCACCUCGGUGUUUAUGUGA